AUGGCCUCGACCAUCCCGCUGGCCUUUUCACUUCUCCAUACCUUUGCGACGCAGUACCCUAGUGGGAAACAGUUGUGGACACCCCCUAGCGCGGCUAGUACCCAACAACCAGCAGCUUCUUCGACAACAGCGUCAACGACGACUGGAAUGGGUUCUUCGACAACAACAACCAGUCAACCUCAGAGCGUGCCGGCCGCGCCUCCAGCGCCAUCUGCUCCCAUCAAUGUCUCUACAAGUCCACCUCGUACUGCUGCGAGUGCUGCUGUCGCCGCAGUCGCUAAUAUUGGCACAAGUCCACCUGCAUCCAGCAAUAUCAACGCUAAUCUCUGUGAUAACUGUCAAGUCCGACCCAAGUACUCCGAUGGCAGUCGGAUACAUCCUUAUUGUUCUAAAGGGUGUGCAAACCAGGCAAAAUUGCCUGCUCAACCUCCCAGCUCCGGGAACAAUCUCCCCAAGUCAGCGAAUUGCGAUUUUUGUGGUGUUCGGCCGAAACAUUUCGAUGGCAAGAGGACACAUCCGUUUUGCAGUAAAGCCUGUUCCAAGAACGCGGCAGCGCAGAACCCCCAACUCAAGCCUAAUGCGAAAGGCAUGUGUCAUGCACCUGGCUGCCAGAAACCCGCGCAUACCAAUGCUGAUGGAAGUUCUGGGAGCUACUGCUCACUUGCCCACAAAACGCUUGGCGAAACGAUAUGCCUGAUGUGUAAACAAGCUGCGAAGCUUUCGCAGUCGCAUUUCUGCAGCACGACUUGUGCUGAUAACGCCGAGAAGAGCGGCCCGAUGUUGCUGGAGGUUCCAGUUGGACACGCGACGUUUAAAAGCGUCGCCGACCAGUUCAAGGCAUCGUGGAGACACGCCAACAAGUAUUGUCCCCCCGUGCGCCGCGUCUACAAGAUUGUCUCCACGCAAACGUCAAUGGCUAAUUAUAAGACUUACCAAACAACCGUGGAGAGUGCUGGACACUUUGUCGCCAGCGGGCGCUCGCCAGGAAACGAGAAUCGGCGCUGGCACGGAACAAAGCGAGAGUGCAAUGUUGGGGACAAGGGGCAAGCGCAGCUGUGCCAGUCCACGAAGUGUUCUCUCUGCUGCAUCAUCAAGUCCUCGUUUGAUAUAAGCCUGUGGGGCACGAAGACAGGGUGGGGGAGGUUUGGGAAGGGCAUCUACACGUCUUCGACAUCAUCCAAGUCGAACGACUACUCACACAACGAGUGUUCCUCGAACCUCAAGGCGAUUCUGCUCAACAAAGUCAUAGUUGGUAGGGGGUGUAAGCUUACGCACGACAACGUUGCGUUGACUGCACCUCCGACUGGAUAUGAUUCGGUCUUGGCGGAGAAGGGUGGUAGUUUGAACUACGACGAGCUCGUGGUUUACAGCAACGAUGCGAUUCGGCCGUCGUUCUUGGUUAUGUAUGAGCCGUAA